AUGGGAUAGAUAUGUAAAUAACCUUCAACUCCUGAAUUGAAUUAAAAUAGUGAUGAUAAUAAUAUAAAAUAGAUGACUUAAUAAGCUGAAAUUGAACAUUAUGAGGAAGAAAUUAAAAUAAGUGAGCAGAAUUAUUCUUUCUUACCUAGUCAUUAAAUAUCGAUGCAACUGUCAUGUACACCUGAAUUUGGUAUGCCUCCACAAUAAAUAAAAUUAUUUUCACAACAAGAUAGUCAAUACACUCCUGAAUUUUUAGCAAUAAGUUAACCUUUUUAAUAAUAAAUGAAUAUAUAUUAAUAAUAAUUUUGA